AUGAGGUUUUUCACUGCCACGGUGCUCGGGCUGCUUGCGCCCAGCCUGUGCGCCGCAACCAACCUUAGCACGCCCAGUCGACUGGACCUCCCGUCCGACUUCAAACCCCCACAGGUUUUCAAAAACACAAAUUUGGUUCGGAACACCAAUCUAGAAAAGGGAUAUGUCCGGGAAACUAUCAAUGUUGUGGUGCAGAAUGUCGACAAGCAGCCGCAAAACGACUACUAUCUCCCUUUCUCCGCUGAGGUGUUUGAGCGCAUUGGAGGCUUCGAAGUGCGAGACAAGAAGGCCCCUGAGAAGGGACGUUUUGACGUGGAUGCCACUGAAGCUGUAUCAUCCAAUGGCAAUCAAUACUUCGUCAUUCACCUCCCUGAACCUCUGGCACCAAACUCGCAGAUUACCCUUGGAAUCUCGUACUCAGUGCUUUCCUCUCUCAGCCCGCUUCCUGCGACUAUUGGACAGGCCGACAAGCAAUACCUCACCUACUCAUUCUCCGCUUAUAUGUCAUCCGCCUAUGUGACGGAUACACAGAAGACCAAGCUGAAGUUCCCCAGCAUAAAUGUGCCGGAUUACACAACCACUGAUGGUCUCAAGUCCGGCUCCGACCCCGAGACCAAGGGGUCCACAUACACCUACGGGCCAUACGACACGGCCAAGGUUGCUCCGGGAACCCAGUACCCAAUCACUGUCCGCUACGAGUUCACUAAGCCGGUUAUUACUGUGAAUCUUUUGGAGCGUGACUUGGAAGUCUCGCACUGGGGCGGCAACCUUGCCACCGAGGAGCGGUACUGGCUGCGCAACAACGCCUCGCAACUGACCAACCAAUUCUCGCGCGUCGAGUGGACUUACGCUAACUACCAACAAGCGCCUACUUCGGCUGUUCGUGAGCUGACUUAUCCACUUUUGCCUGGAUCUGUUGAUCCUUACUUCAUUGAUGACAUCGGCAAUGUUUCGACCAGCCGCUAUCGUCCCAGUAUUGGAAAGAGCGCGGGCAACCUGGAGCUGAAGCCCCGCUACCCUAUCUUUGGAGGUUGGAACUACAGCUUCCGCAUUGGGUGGAACAAUGACCUUGCCUCGUUCCUGCGCCGUGCCGCAGGUGUCGACUCCGACUCAUACGUUCUCAAGGUCCCGCUCAUCGAGGGCCCUAAGAUGCCCGAGGGUGUCCAGUAUGAGCGUGUGGUUGUUCGUGUUGUUCUCCCCGAGGGUGCUCACAAUGUCCGCUUCGAGACCCUCGAAGGAACUAACAGCAAUGGUCUUCCUGGCGCGAACCACAUCCACGCCCGCUUGAGCUCCUUGCAAACCUACAUGGAUACCCUUGGCCGGACAACUUUGACCCUGGAGGUUGAUAGCCUGACUGAUGAGGCACGUAACGCCAAGAUAGUGGUGAGCUACGAACACUCCAUGAUUGAUGCCCUGCGCAAGCCUUUCACCAUCUUCGCAGGUAUGCUCACUCUCUUUGCCGCUGUUUGGGGUAUUGGAAAGAUCGAUGUCAGUAUUAAGAAGCGAUGA